AACUCAUCAUAACAAUCUCUCAAAACGAAUAAAAAACACAAUAUACGUGGCAGAGAAUCAACUAAAGCGUUUGAUUUAUUCAGUGCAAGAGUCAUGACUUCUUUUUGAGUAUGGAACAGCCUCGCUAAUUUGAUUAAGUUUUCCUGUUGGUUAUCUGUUGAAGAAGACUUCGCUCUUCAAGAACCAAGAAAAACAGGCUGGCCGCCCGAGUUGACACGUGGCCAGCUACUUGUCACUUUCAAACAUUGAAUUCAUUUGAACACUGAUCCGUUUUACACAAAAUCAACCGAGCAAUGAAUAGGAAUCUAAGGAUCCUUCUGGUUUUAAUUGUCUUGCGCUGUGUACUGUUGGGACAAUGCGAGACUACAGAUACUUCAACGGAAAGUGACCAGUCCAUGCAAGGGAAAGUCAGCGAAACCCAAAAUUCUAGCGAGGGAAGCCCAGAGAAAGAUGUCUGGUUUAUUAGUUUGAUGUGGAAUGUUGUUGGCUAUGCUACUAUCGUCAUACCAGCAGCAGUUGUAAUUCGGAUGAUCAAGAACUCGAAUUUCAACGAGAAGGAAGCUCAUGGCUGCUUGUUUAGAUCAAUCCAGAUAUUUGUAUUUGGAACACAUGAAGAUCCGCAAAGUGAGAUGGAAAAAGGCACCAUGGAAAAUGAAAGAUCUGAUGCCACACCUGUCUCCUUACGACGGACAGCGUCCAAACUUCUCAUAUGCGUAGCAGGUCUUCAAAUGUCAUACAUUAUGUGGGGGAUUCUCCAGGAACGUGUCAUGACACAAAGCUAUCAAGAGGUACUACCAGAUGGAACUACAAAAGAAGUGAAAUUCAAAAACUCACAAUUCCUUGUUUUUGUGAACAGAAUUCUAGCUAUGGGAGUAGCUGGAGUUUAUAUAAUAGUAACUAGACAACCACAGCACAGAGCCCCUCUGUAUAAAUAUUCAUACUCUUCGUUUUCUAACAUAAUGAGUAGCUGGUGUCAGUACGAAGCCUUGAAGUUUGUCAGUUUUCCAACUCAAGUGCUGUGCAAGGCAUCAAAGAUAAUCCCUGUGAUGUUGAUGGGUAAACUGGUGUCCAAAAAAUCCUACCCGUACUAUGAGUACUUUAUUGCUGUUGUGCUAUCAGUGGGUGUCAGUUUGUUCCUACUGUCAACGGGAACUCAAAAGAAGACUGCGGUUGAGACGACUGUCUCUGGUGCUCUCAUUCUUCUGGGUUAUAUGCUCUUUGACAGCUUUACAUCUAAUUGGCAGUCAGAGCUUUUCCAGUCGUACAAGAUGAGCUCUAUGCAGAUGAUGUUUGGCACCAACUUGUUCUCAAGUAUUUUCACCUUUUGGUCACUGCUGCAGAAUGGGAAGCUUUUCUCCUCUGUCAUCUUCGCCAUCGACCACCCAGAGUUUGCUUAUCACUCUGUGAUUCUAUCACUGUGUUCGGCAACUGGCCAGCUCUUUAUCUUUUACACCAUUCAGAGCUUUGGUCCUGUUGUAUUUACGAUUAUAAUGACAACACGGCUGAUGUUAAGCAUUGUUAUUUCCUGUAUCUUAUACCAACACCCACUAUCAGCACAAGCUGUGUUUGGUGUAAUUGUUGUAUUCACUGCAUUGUUUCUGCGUGUCUAUGCGCGCUAUAGGACUAAGGGAACCGGGAAGGGUUAGUUUUCCAAUAUUCUCUUUGGACUCAAGCCCAUUAAGUCAUAUUUCAGUUUGUUUGGAAUCUGAUUGCAGUAUUAGAUACACCUGUUUGUUUAAAUCCCACAAUCCAAAGCUGGAGUUAUAAUGAUUGAGGAGUUAUGGGGUGAAAAGAAACAGAAAGCAACAUUUUGAUCUACAUUUUUCCAGUUUUCCCAGGUUACCAAAAAUCUAUUAUAAAUGUAAUGUAUUUUAUAUCAGGGAGUAUGGUUUAUAUUAAGUAUGAUUUUGGUUCAUAAUGUGCCUGUUCAUAGAUAUUAUAGAGAAAAAGAAAGCUUUAAAAUCUUUUAUAUAGUUAAUAUAUACUUUUUGAUGAUGUGUUUAUAUAAUUAUUUGGGAAAGAUUAUUAUUUAAGGGAAAGCAGAUUUUUGUCGAUAAAGUAAAUAAAAGGAUAUAAACUAAAA